AUGGAGGACGAGGAGAAUGCAGCAGAGAGCCUGGUGUGCAACACGGAAGCUGCUUGUUCUCCAUCCCCCAUUCGCUGCUGCUGGCUCCGCCUCCGCUGCCUAGCAGCUACUAGCAUUAUAUGUGGCUGCUCUUGCCUGGGAAUAGUGGCCCUUGUGUUUGCCAUCAAGGCGGAAGAGCGGCAUAAGGCAGGCCGGUUGGAGGAGGCAGUGCACUGGGGGGCCCGGGCCCGGAGGUUCAUCCUGGCCAGCUUUGCCGUCUGGCUCACUGUCCUCGUUCUGGGCCCCCUGCUUCUAUGGCUGGUCUCCUACGCCAUCGCGCAGGCUGAGUGA